AUGCGCCUUCUCACUGUUGGUCCCGAAGCCAGGAACACGCAACCUCCUCAGCUAAAAGUCGUCAACUUCAGUGAUUGCAGUCUCGACAUUCCCGAGUACGCCAUCCUCUCUCACACCUGGGAUGACUCUACCGAAGUUGCUCUACAACAGUUGCCGCUGUUUCACCGCCAUGCUGCUUCCUCUCGGCGGCUGAGACAGGUCAGAAUCAUCAUACCGAUACUAUUCGCCGCCAGCUUAUGGUCACUCCUCUCCUACACGGUCGGUGAAGUCCCACUAUAUCUAGCUUUUCUGACGACGUGUCUGCUGGUGCUAUCCCUGAUGCUGGUCUCCUGCUAUCUAGCCUUUUACCUCUAUUUCGUUUCAACCCAGGACGAACAAGACACCUGUCAGCUCGUCAAGAAGAAGCAGCCGGGCUAUUCCAAGAUUCUGCAGACGUGCAUCAAGGCCCGUUUCGAUCAUAAUGUCCGUUACGCGUGGGUGGACACCUGCUGUAUCGACAAGAGCUCCUCCGCCGAGCUCACCAAGUCGAUCAAUUCCAUGUACGAUUACUAUGCCAAAGCAAAGGUCUGCUUCGUCUACCUCUGCGACUUGGAGCCUGCUGGGGAUGACCUGGGAAAAGCCCUCCCCAAAUGCAGGUGGUUUACCAGGGGCUGGACCCUCCAGGAGCUGAUCGCGCCCAAACACGUCAUCUUCUUUGACAGGGAAUGGAAUGAGCGCGGCACAAAGGCCAGCUUGAGUGAGUUGCUGUCGGAAAUCACGGGCAUACCGGAGGAGCUAUUGAAGGGGGAGACAACGUGUGGUGAUUAUGCUGUUGCUAGACGCAUGAGCUGGGCUUCGAAGAGGCUAACGACAAGGGAGGAGGACAUAGCGUACUGUCUGCUUGGGAUCUUUGACGUGAGGAUGUCGUUGUUGUAUGGGGAGGGAAUGGGUGCGUUUCAGCGGCUGCAAAAGGUUAUUUUGGAGUCGACGGCGGAUCGGAGUAUUUUCAUAUGGACCGAGGGCGAAGAUGAGCGGAAGGACUGUACCGGAAACGACAGGGGCGGCAACGAGUGUCGUAUCAAGGCAGCAGGCAAGCCGCAUCCUUGGUCGGCUAUUCUUGCAAAGUCUCCGCGGCCGUUUGAAUGCGCGAGGAAUCUCGAGGUCAGUGUGACUGACUCUAUCUAUCGCGAUUUAAGCAUCGGGCCGAGGGGCAUCAAGAUGGUUGUCAGUCUGGUAUAUCUCGUCAGCAAAGUCGGCGAGGACGAUGGGAACAAGUGUAUCCUGGAAGCUUUUAGCUCUUUAAACAGCGAAUUUGUUGGUGUGAUGGUUCGUAAGAUAUCCGGUGGCCGGUAUGUGAGAUACAAACCCUGGAAGCUGGCUUACUUUGGACGAGCACUCACCCGCGAGCCGUGGAACGACAUACACAGGACCCUUGUGGAGACUGCAACAUUGGCGACCAAAUUCGAGACAGUGUUUCCAUUCAGUAAGGGCUGCGAUCCUGUCGUUGGAAAUAGACAUAGCGCGUUGAGACUGCGGCUGGAUCCGUCCUUGAUCGUCAACGAGUGUCGAGCCAUGCCUCGAACACAUUGGGACAUCCACGACAACGUCUUUUUCGGCACCAACGAGACAAGCAAGUCUUGGUGCGGCUUCUUCGUCCACGGGCAGUUGGUCGAUACUCCCACCACCUGCAUUCCUAUCAAUUUGUUUGUGGGGUGUAUUCGCUGGAAUAUCAAAAGGCCCUCCAUCAUUCUGGCAAGCUUGGAAGACCUGGAUCCUGGCUUCAGAGUGUUGCUGGAGUAUCAGCUGGAUAGGCUUGAGUUUGAAAGUUGCCGUAAGGCCGAAGCAGUCAUGAUGAGUGUAUUGGAUGGGCGGCUGAGUGGUGCGGCAACUGUGGUGGAAACAUGCGCGGUGGACCAGAGUCAAAUUCCGAGUUCCAACGGUGGAGGGACGGUCUUUGAUAAGCGGAAAAUCUUCCAAAUCAACGGACCGGCCACCUCUUCACCCGGAUGGCAUUAUCGGGUUCCCUCUACUGGGGAGAAGGUGCGAGUCGAAGUGAAUCUCGAGCUGGAGGAGGAGGAGGACGAUACUGUCUGUGUCAAUCCGGUUACCAUGCUGAAUCUUCGGUUGAAGCCGCUGGAAGAGGAGAGCACUGUAGAAAGCGUGGGGCUAUGGGAUAGCUGA